AGACAGGCGGUGGCGGAGGCUCCGGCGGCUGCGGUGGAUUCCGUGUGCGGAGCUGUCUGCGGCCCUCGGGUCCUCACCCUCUCGGCGUCCCGCUCCCGCGCCAGCCUACCUCGCUCCUCAGCGUCAUGACCACCACGACCACCUUCAAGGGCGUCGACCCCAACAGCAGGAAUAGCUCCCGGGUUUUGCGGCCUCCAGGUGGCGGGUCCAAUUUUUCAUUAGGCUUUGAUGAACCAGCAGAACAGCCUGUGAGGAAGAACAAAAUGGCCUCUAACAUCUUUGGGACCCCUGAAGAAAAUCCUCCUUCUUGGGCCAAAUCUGCAGGUGCCAAGUCUAGUGGUAGCAGGGAAGAUUUGGAGUCGUCUGGACCACAAAGAAGGAACUCCUCUGAAGCAAGCUCUGGAGACUUCUUUGAUCUGAAGGGAGAAGGUGAUAUUCAUGAAAAUGUGGACACAGACUUCCAAGCCAGCCUGGGGCAGAGCGAAGAGAAGCCUGUGCCUGCUGCUCCUGUGCCCAGCCCGGUGGCCCCAGCCCCUGCGCCGUCCAGGAGAAACCCCCCUGGUGGCAAGUCCAGCCUGGUCUUGGGUUAAUUAACUCUGACUGUCAGAACUCUGUCCUUUUGUUUGUUUGUUUUCUCUAUGCUCGUGAACUGCACAAGGUGAGCCUGACUGUACAUCUUUCUGAUUUGUUUCAUUAAAAAAGAAGCACUUUAUGUAUUGCUGUCCUUUUUUUUCUCUUUAUUUAUUUAUUUAUUUUCUCCUUUCUCUUUCUUUUUGAAGCACAGGUUUCUGUUUCUCUGACUCCUGGGUUUGUGGGCCGUGGCAUGAGUGUUUUCUAGUAGUAGAUUGGAAUAGUAGAUUGUUUUUAAGAACAAAUAAUCUGGUUCCCACUGUGUUAGAGGCUCUUUUGUAUUGGGGGUUUUUGACACUGUACUUGGCUUACUGUGAUGGGAUAGACAUCAGCUGGCACCCCCCGGCAGCCCCACCAUACCAGGUUGUCUUUAUGCAGAACCUCUCGAUGGUGUCGCCCCACUGUGCCAGUGCCCUUUGCCAAGCGCAUCUUCCUGUGCCAUACGGACCAAUAAAGAGGCCUGCACCUCACCCCUCACUGCCUACAGUGCCAGGGUGUUUAUGAAGUGAGCCAGGUAUAACAUGACUGGCCGGCUGGUGAGCAAAGGCCUGCUGUUGUGGAGCAGAGGAAGGACGCCCAGUCAUUCUGCCUGGGUUGAUGAGGCAAGGCGGGGCCAGCAAGGGAGGCAGUCUUGCUGCGGUGGGUCGGGUCUCCAGGAGGGGCUCCCCCAGGGGCAUUGUUCUUACCCAACUCGAUGCUGUGUGCAUGAUGCUGGUGCUUGACCAUGAGAGAAAGUCUCACCCUUACCAUGUGUGCUGUACUUCUCAAUCCUGGACUGCAGCUUAAAGUAAACAAUCUCCACAUUUUGAAA